GAAAAUGCUUUCGAUGUGAUAUGGCAAAUUUGGAGAAAAGUAACUCUUUUGCUCCCAACCACUCUUCCACAACUUAAUCGUCCUGUCCUUUUCUGCUGCCCUCGUGGAGUGUAAGUUUUUGAGGGAGACCAGCAGAAACUGACUUUCCAUAUGCCCCUGAAGAAUAACUUCUUUGAAUGCAAAGAGGUGGGGACACGGAGGAUCUGUCAUUACGGGUUAUUAUGGGUGGGACCCAGAGACGGGAGUGAAAGGAGGGUGUGGCCCGCGGGUGGGAUCUGUAGAGCAGACAAAAUAUGGGGCCCCUGGCGCUUAAAGUUCAGUUUGUCUCUCUUGAGCUUGGAGAAAAUCAUCCGUAGUGCCUUCCCGGGGGGCACGUAGAGGAGAGAAAAGCGACCAAGAUAAAAGUGGACAGAAGAAUAAGCGAGACUUGUUAUCCAUGAAACAGUCUCCUGCCCUCGCUCCGGAAGAGCGCUACCGCAGAGCCGGGUCCCCGAAGCCGGUCUUGAGAGCUGAUGACAAUAACAUGGGCAAUGGCUGCUCUCAGAAGCUGGCGACUGCUAACCUCCUCCGGUUCCUGUUGCUGGUCCUGAUUCCAUGUAUCUGUGCUCUCGUUCUCUUGCUGGUGAUCCUGCUUUCCUAUGUUGGAACAUUACAAAAGGUCUAUUUUAAAUCAAAUGGGAGUGAACCUUUGGUCACUGAUGGUGAAAUCCAAGGGUCCGAUGAUGUUAUUCUUACAAAUACAAUUUAUAACCAGAGCACUGUGGUGUCUACUGCACAUCCCGACCAACACGUUCCAGCCUGGACUACGGAUGCUUCUCUCCCAGGGGACCAAAGUCACAGGAAUACAAGUGCCUGUAUGAACAUCACCCACAGCCAGUGUCAGAUGCUGCCCUACCACGCCACGCUGACACCUCUCCUCUCAGUUGUCAGAAACAUGGAAAUGGAAAAGUUCCUCAAGUUUUUCACAUAUCUCCAUCGCCUCAGUUGCUAUCAACAUAUCAUGCUGUUUGGCUGUAGCCUCGCCUUCCCUGAGUGCGUCAUUGAUGGCGAUGACAGUCAUGGACUCCUGCCCUGUAGGUCCUUCUGUGAGGCUGCAAAAGAAGGCUGUGAAUCAGUCCUGGGGAUGGUGAAUUACUCCUGGCCGGAUUUCCUCAGAUGCUCCCAGUUUAGAAACCAAACUGAAAGCAGCAAUGUCAGCAGAAUUUGCUUCUCACCUCAGCAGGAAAACGGAAAGCAAUUGCUCUGUGGAACGGGUGAGAACUUUCUGUGUGCCAGUGGAAUCUGCAUCCCCAGGAAACUGCAAUGUAAUGGCUACAACGACUGUGACGACUGGAGUGACGAGGCUCAUUGCAACUGCAGCGAGAAUCUGUUUCACUGUCACACAGGCAAGUGCCUUAAUUACAGCCUUGUGUGUGAUGGAUAUGAUGACUGUGGGGAUUUGAGUGAUGAGCAAAACUGUGAUUGCAAUCCCACAACAGAGCAUCGCUGCGGGGACGGGCGCUGCAUCGCCAUGGAGUGGGUGUGUGAUGGUGACCACGACUGUGUGGAUAAGUCCGACGAGGUCAACUGCUCCUGUCACAGCCAGGGUCUGGUGGAAUGCAGAAAUGGACAAUGUAUCCCCAGCACAUUUCAAUGUGAUGGCGACGAGGACUGCAAGGAUGGGAGUGAUGAGGAGAACUGCAGCGUCAUUCAGACUUCAUGUCAAGAAGGAGACCAAAGAUGCCUCUACAAUCCCUGCCUUGAUUCAUGUGGUGGUAGCUCUCUCUGUGACCCGAACAACAGUCUGAAUAACUGUAGUCAAUGUGAACCAAUUACAUUGGAACUCUGCAUGAAUUUGCCCUACAACAGUACAAGUUAUCCAAAUUACUUUGGCCACAGGACUCAAAAGGAAGCAUCCAUCAGCUGGGAGUCUUCUCUUUUCCCUGCACUUGUUCAAACCAACUGUUAUAAAUACCUCAUGUUCUUUUCUUGCACCAUUUUGGUACCAAAAUGUGAUGUGAAUACAGGCCAGCGUAUCCCUCCUUGCAGGGCAUUGUGUGAACACUCUAAAGAACGCUGUGAGUCUGUUCUUGGGAUUGUGGGCCUACAGUGGCCUGAAGACACAGAUUGCAGUCAAUUUCCAGAGGAAAAUUCAGACAAUCGAACGUGCCUGAUGCCUGAUGAAUAUGUGGAAGAAUGCUCACCUAGUCAUUUCAAGUGCCGCUCAGGACGGUGUGUUCUGGCUUCCAGAAGAUGUGAUGGCCAGGCCGACUGUGACGAUGACAGUGAUGAGGAAAACUGUGGUUGUAAAGAGAGAGAUCUUUGGGAAUGUCCAUCCAAUAAACAAUGUUUGAAGCACACAGUGAUCUGCGAUGGGUUCCCAGACUGCCCUGAUUACAUGGACGAGAAAAACUGCUCAUUUUGCCAAGAUGAUGAGCUGGAAUGUGCAAACCAUGCGUGUGUGUCACGUGACCUGUGGUGUGAUGGCGAAGCCGACUGCUCAGACAGUUCAGAUGAAUGGGACUGUGUGACCCUCUCUAUGAAUGUGAACUCCUCUUCCUUUCUGAUGGUUCACAGAGCUGCCACAGAACACCAUGUGUGUGCAGAUGGCUGGCAGGAGAUGUUGAGUCAGCUGGCCUGCAAGCAGAUGGGUUUAGGAGAACCAUCUGUGACCAAAUUGAUACAGGAACAGGAGAAAGAGCCACGGUGGCUGACAUUACACUCCAACUGGGAGAGCCUCAAUGGGACCACUUUACAUGAAUUUCUAGUAAAUGGGCAGUCUUGUGAGAGCAGAAGUAAAAUUUCUCUUCUGUGUACUAAACAAGACUGUGGGCGCCGCCCUGCUGCCCGAAUGAACAAAAGGAUCCUUGGAGGUCGGACGAGUCGCCCUGGAAGGUGGCCAUGGCAGUGUUCUCUGCAGAGUGAACCCAGUGGACAUAUCUGUGGCUGUGUCCUCAUUGCCAAGAAGUGGGUUCUGACAGUUGCCCACUGCUUCGAGGGGAGAGAGAAUGCUGCAGUUUGGAAAGUGGUGCUUGGCAUCAACAAUCUAGACCAUCCAUCAGUGUUCAUGCAGACACGCUUUGUGAAGACCAUCAUCCUGCAUCCCCGCUACAGUCGAGCAGUGGUGGACUAUGACAUCAGCAUCGUUGAGCUGAGUGAAGACAUCAAUGAGACUGGCUACGUCCGGCCUGUCUGCUUGCCCAACCCGGAGCAGUGGCUACAGCCUGACACGUACUGCUAUAUCACAGGCUGGGGCCACAUGGGCAAUAAAAUGCCAUUUAAGCUGCAAGAGGGAGAGGUCCGCAUUAUUUCUCUGGAACAUUGUCAGUCCUACUUUGACGUGAAGACCAUCACCACUCGGAUGAUAUGUGCUGGCUAUGAGUCUGGCACAGUUGAUUCAUGCAUGGGUGACAGCGGUGGGCCUCUUGUUUGUGAGAAGCCUGGAGGACGGUGGACAUUAUUUGGAUUAACUUCAUGGGGCUCCGUCUGCUUUUCCAAAGUCCUGGGGCCUGGCGUUUAUAGUAAUGUGUCAUAUUUCGUCGAAUGGAUUAAAAGACAGAUUUACAUCCAGACCUUUCUCCUAAACUAAUUAUAAGGAUGAUCAGAGACUUUUGCCAGCUACACUAAAAGAAAAUGGCCUUCUUGACUGUGAAGAGCUGCCUGCAGAGAGCUGUACAGAAGCACUUUUCAUGGACAGAAAUGCUCAAUCGUGCACUGCAAAUUUGCAUGUUUGUUUUGGACUAAUUUUUUUCAAUUUAUUUUUUCACCUUCAUUUUUCUCUUAUUUCAAGUUCAGUGAAAGACUUUACAAAAGCAAACAAAGCAGACUUUGUCCUUUUGCCAGGCCUAACCAUGACUGCAGCACAAAAUUAUCGACUCUGGAGAGAUUUAAAAUCAUGCAGGUGCUACAGUAACAGGUUAUGGAAUGUUCUCUUUUAUCCUAUCACAAAAAAAGACAUAGAGAUUUAGGCUGAUUAAUUAUCUCUACCAGUUUUUGUUUCUCAAGCUCAGUGCGUAGUGGUAAAUUUCAGUGUUAACAUUGGAGACUUGCUUUUCUUUUUCUUUUUUUAUACCCCACAAUUUUUUUUUAUUACACUUCGAAUUUUAGCGUACAUGUGCACAACGUGCAGGUUAGUUACAUAUGUAUACAUGUGCCAUGUUGGUGUGCUGAACCCAGUAACUCGUCAUUUGAUUUAUUAAAAGCCAAGAUAAUUUACAUGUUUAAAGUAUUUACUAUUACCCUUCUAAUGUUUGCAUAAUUCUGAGAACUGAUAAAAGACAGCAAUAAAAGACCAAUGUCAUCCAUUUAGGUAGCAAGACAUAUUGAAUGCAAAGUUCUUUAGAUAUCAAUAUUAACACUUGACAUUAUUGGACCCCCAUUCUGGAUGUAUAUCAAGAUCAUAAUUUUAUAGAAGAGUCUCUAUAGAACUGUCCUCAUAGCUGGGUUUGUUCAGGAUAUAUGAGUUGGCUGAUUGAGACUGCAACAACUACAUCUAUAUUUAUGGGCAAUAUUUUGUUUUACUUAUGUGGCAAAGAACUGGAUAUUAAACUUUGCAAAAGAGAAUUUAGAUGAGAGAUGCAAUUUUUUAAAAAGAAAAUUAAUUUGCAUCCCUUGUUUAAUUAAAUUUAUUUUUCAGUUUUCUUGCGUUCAUCCAUACCAACAAAGUCAUAAACAGCAAACUUUGCAUGGAGUAAAACAUUUUGUAAUUUUCCUCAAAAGAUGUUUAAUAUCUGGUUUCUUCUCAUUGGUAAUUAAAAUUUUAGAAAUGAUUUUUAGCUCUAGGCCACUUUACGCAACUCAAUUUCUGAAGCAAUUUGGUAAAAAGUAUUUUUCCCCUCUAAAAAACUUUAAAACACAAAUCUUCAUAUAUACUUAAUUUAAUUAGUCAGGCAUCCAUUUUGCCUUUUAAACAACUAGGAUUCCCUACUAACCUCCACCAGCAACCUGGACUGCCUCAGCAUUCCAAAUAGAUACUACCUGCAAUUUUAUACAUGUAUUUUUGUAUCUUUUCUGUGUGUAAACAUAGUUGAAAUUCAAAAAGUUGUAGCAAUUUCUAUACUAUUCAUCUCCCGUCCUUCAGUCUGUAUAAACCUAAGGAGACUGUGAAAUCCAGCAACUGAAUUGUGGUCACGAUUGUAUGAAAGUUCAAGAACAUAUGUCAGUUUUGUUACAGUUGUAGCUAUAUACUCAAUGUAUCAACUUUUAGCCUGCUCAACUUAGGCUCAGUGAAAUAUAUAUAUUAUACUUAUUUUAAAUAAUUCUUAAUACAAAUAAAAUGGUAAUGGUCUAAUCACCUUUUUUUUUUUGGAUGGAUAUGGGUGGCAAGUCCUAAGAAAUUGUUUCUGUCUCUAUAACAGCAUGCUGGCACCCUGCUUACCAAUCACAAUUCACCUCCCUUAUAUCUCACUCUCACAGGUACAUGCUCUUUUAUUUUAGAGGAUCAAUGGCUCCUUGACUGGUCUGAAAUUAGAGGUUGCUAAUAGUCUCAAAUUGCCCAUUAAGUGUCCAGUGGGAACUUUAGUCCUGGUAAGGGCACACAGAUCUUUAACGUCUAGAGUACAUUUUGGGAACCCAAUACAAUUAUUUUAUACACGUUUUGUAAUAAGAUUAUAUCCCAAAAUGUAUAUAUUAAUCAAUGUUCUUAUCUACUGAGAGCAAUGAUAUAACCCUUGGUCCCUCCCAAAUUUGGUGAAAUACACUGAACACCAGAUCACAUCAACCUGGGUAACUUUAUGUAAAAGAGUUAUUGACUUGUAAAUGUGACCCUUUAAAGGCUUCAUACAGAUCCCAACCUCUUUAGCCUAAGGUCUAGAUUGUGUUUCAGAAUUAAAAAUUUUCCAAAUUUUAAAAAGAAAUACAGUUUAGCAUUCAGUAAUGAAAUAUAUUAAUAUUUUUGUAGCAAAGUAUAUGAAUGAUUACAUUAAGCAAAGUAUAUAAAUAGCUUUACAUUUGUUCAGGGCAUAGAAUUUACGCCUAAUUUAUGAAAAAUAUUUCAGUUUUCAGAGGUUUGGAGAUUUUGGAAUUGUGGAUACGAGAUUGUGGCCCUGUAACAUUAGCACUCAGUAUUUUCCUCUAUUCAUAUGUACAGAUAAUUUAAUUCUGAAAAUUGAAAAUUGUUCUUUUUCCUUAGUAUUUUUGGAUCAUUCUUUGUCCUUAGAUUCUAACCUUUUUAUUUACAAGUGAACAUAUCUCUAAAUUAUUGUUUAUCAGGAGACGACGAUUUCAGGGAAUGAAUGCCAGCUGCUGUGAGGAUAAUAAAUGAUAUGACAUCAGUGAUUUUCCAUAUAAGAAAAGGCAAAGCAAUAUUCUGGUAAAAGGCAUGCUUUGUG